GCUAAGACACGGGACGAGGACGAGGCGAGGAGAGCAACAGCGUAAGCGAACUAGCGCGUGCUGUGGUGUGUGUCGGUCGGUCGGUCGGUCGUCGCCGCCAUGCUAGUGGUUAGUUUAGUGAACCAAACAUCAUGAUGUGGCAAAACGUUCGUACGAGCUAAGACUGAAGUAACCGCCGCGUUACCGGCGCGCCGUCGUUAUGUUAGCCACAAUAACUCACGACGUUCGAUAAUCACGUAAACACGUAACGUAAAGAAAAAAAAGUACAAAGGAAACAAAAACGCGAAAACGCGCUCGAACAAAAAGUUCCACGGCGGCAGCGACGAACGGACGAGCAGCUCGAUCCCUGCGUGCGGAACCGCACAACACUACGCCAGUCCCGAUGUAAAUUAAACCCGAAUCGUAGUAGAUCUAAACGCGGAACCGUUACGGAACGAUAUCGUCGUGCACGAUAGGAAACGACGAGUGCCAACGAUCAGCCUCCAUCGCGCGGCAAGGAGACGAUCACGAAUCGUAUACACGGUACGGAAAUAUUUACGCUCCUAGAAUCCGACGAAAGAAAGAAAGAAAGAGAGAGAGAGAGUGUAUGCAUGCUGUAUCUAUCGUGUGUCCCUUACUCGCGUGCAACGAGGAAAAAGUGUACGAGGAGUACGAAAUACGUGACUGCUUCUCGUGCGCGCGCGCGGUUACGUUCGUCGCCAGUGUGAACAGGGCUGUGUGCGUUGUACGUGGAUAAGAUGAGAGAGAGGGAAAGUGCGAAGGAAGAAUAGAAGAGGAUUGACAAGAUGCUGGAUCCGAGCGUACUAACGGAUUUAGAGGAACUGACGCUUUGCAGUUAUUGCAAGCAGAAGUAUAACGACGCGGAACAAUGCCCGAAAUAUCUUAGUUGCAAGCAUUACUUUUGCCUGCGUUGCAUAGAGAAUAAUUUCUUGAAGGGACGUGAGUUGUUUUGCGCGCACUGUUGGAAGAGGACGGACCUGGGCGACCAAGGACCAGACGCCCUACCGACUCACUCUCCUCUCCUCGCUCUAACCAACCAUUUUCCUCACUUAAAAAUCACCACGAACAACACGUCUGGAAAGACGAACGACAAGGAGAGAAAGAGUGAAAAUUGUCACACGCACGGUAUGCCUCUGGCAUUGUGGUGCGCGACAUGCUGCACGGCGCUUUGCAGAGCAUGUGCCACUCCACAGGAACACCCGGGUCACCAGAUUAAAUUGCAAACUGAUGCCAAAGAACAACUCAUAAACGACGUUCAAUUGGAGUUAGUUGCUAUGGGAAAGCUAUCGACCGAGAUUCAAAGACUGGCUAUGCAACAACGAGAAUUCUUAAUAAAGGUGUUGGAGGCUUGCGUGACGCUGAAGACGCACGUCGAGACUGAUCUGCAGAACGGCUGGAGUCACUUGCCCGAGAUAACGGAGACACGGGAGACCCUCGGGAAAGCGAAAGCCAGCCUACAGAUGAUCGACAGUCCCAGCGACGUGUACAAUCUCCAUUCGCAGCUGAUGUUAGAGAAGCAGAGAUUGCAGUCCAAGUACCAAGAAAUGAUGCUGCAGUGCCAGCUCGACGAUCUUAUCGGUAACUCGGGAGUGGUGUUCGAUUUCGCGUUGUUGAAGCAAGCGCUGGCCGGUAUCCACACGGGGGAGCCGAUCGUUUCUCAAGGGACGAGCAACGGCGGCAGACUACCGAACCACUUGGCGGCUUCACAGAACCCGGUACUGUUCCUCGCAAACUAUUGCAUGUCGCAGCUCUACUCGAGACACGUGGUCAGUAAACAGCAGCACAUGCAGAACGGUUCUAUAGAGUAUCACUCGAGCAUGAUGCAGCAGCAACCGGCUCCGCCGGGUUCCGUGCACGUGCACCAAGGACCGCCGCCGUCGGCGACCCCUCAGCAGCUUCUCAUCCCGCCUGGUUCGCCGUCCGUUAAACCAGUUCCGCCCGCGCCUCCGAACGCGAUGCUGCACCCGCAGCAACAGUCGACGUUCAUACCGGAAGGAGUUGGGACCGGCAGCGGGAGCCUGGUCACCGUCCACUCGUCCUCUCAACCGCCGUCCAGCGGAAUAGCAGCAUCCCUCCGGGGCCCCGCGAACCCCUACCCUUUGUAUUACUUCAGCAUCGAGGUGAACGGAUCGCCGCACGGUCGCAUCGUGAUAGAAGUGAGGCCGGACGCGGCGCCGAAGAUGGCGAAAAAUUUUAGCGUGCUCGCGACCGGCGAGAUCGGGAUCGGUUACAAGGGCUGCACGAUCUUUCAGUGCUGGGAGGGCGAGUCUGUGAUCACCGGCGACUUCGAGUUGAACAACGGUCGCGGUGGGAGGAGUAUAUACGAGGACGGAUACUUCAUGCCGGACGACACGAAAUUUCCCGCAGUGCGAGGAGCCGUCGGCAUGCGGAGGACGCAGAAGCGGCACGAUAAUCUCGGCAUGGUGGGCUCGCAGUUUCGUAUAAUACUGCAGGAGAUGCGCGGGUUCACGGGGAUCUUUGGCCACGUCGUCGAGGGAUUAGAGUUAGUCGAGAAGAUAUCUACGUUCGGCGACCAGACCGGCAAGCCUACGAAAAAUAUUCUAAUCACGAAAUGCGGUAAAUUGUAACGACGACACGCUACGCUGCUGCGGUUAGUAUACACCGAAGGGUAAAUCAUGCGUUACCCCCGUAUACUUUGUUUUCUCCGCUCUAGAUAACUAAAGGAAAUUUUAAGAUGAGUAUCGCGACGGUACCUCUGACAGCGUCAGGGAAUGGGAUGUUUAAUUAAGCAAAGCAAACAAACAAACAAACAAAAAAUGCAAAAAAAAUCAUGUAUACAUAGUAUCCGAUGAUAAAUGAUAUUACACGUCGAGAGACACCGUCGCGAGCGUAUAGCUCCAUGGUCUCGAUGCUCCGUACGAGUCACACAAUUUAAUUAACUAUUAACAAUAGAAUUCUAAAGAUGUUGAAUCUAUUUUUAAAACGUGGACGCGUAAGAGAACGAAGAAGAAAUAAAAAUCCAUAUUUUGCUAUUGAUUGGGAAUCUGUAUGAUUCUGUAUCUACAAUAACGACGACGAUGAUGAUGAUCGAUGAAAAAAAUACGUACCUCAAGAUCGAUCGUGAUAUCGAUACGACUUCUAGCUGUACGAUAUUUGUUUUAGAAGAAGUUCGACGUUUAUUUUGGCUAUUGACAUAUUGCUACGUAUAGUUGAUGUAAAGGGCGAUAUCGUACGGGAUUUAACAAGAGUUAAACGUGGGUUUAACGGCAUUCUCGUUGCCGAUGUUUUAGGUUGUAGGUAAUAAAAAGAAAAAGAGAAAAAAAUACGUAUAGAUGAGAGGAGUACGUACAGAGAAAACGGGGCGAACUCGUGUGCACGUGCAUCCGUAUAUUUGUAAAGGAACAAACAAACGUACAGGCGGGAACGUUCUUUUUUUCGUUUUGUAACCGCGUGACUUCGUAAAAGUCAAGAGAAGAAAUCGUGAUUCCAUAUACGCAGGUCGUUUAGAACAUUGAACGAUACGUCGGUGCGUGUGAGGGCCAAUUCUGUGUAUCGUCCGCCGAUCAACGAUCGCGUAUCGUUCCGUUUAUUUUUUUUCUUGUCCGAGGAGAGAAAAGGAGCUAAAAGGGAACAAGUAGAUGCGCGAAAUGAAACGAGUCGGGGAAAAUUUGCGGUUCCUAUCGGACGACUCGAGGAUACUCCUCCCUUUUUGCUCUUUGCCGUCGCGGUCGUCGCAGACCCGUCGUAAAUUAACUGUAUUUAAGAUUAGAUCUCAACAUGAAAAUGUAUACAAGGCCUAACUACUACUAUGUAGAUCGUAAGCCUCGUCGUCUGAUGAGAGAAAAUGAAGAAACGAACCGAAAUGAGCGAAUAUAUAUUAUAACGAAUCAUUCCUCGAUGCUGUAUGUCGAUAAUUUAACGACGUUAUAUACUAUACUCGUUCGAAUCCUCGUAAAAAGAAAAGUCCCAUCGUUAUGUAUCAUACUGUCGUGUACCCGUGUGCGAGGGACAGCGCGUCGAGAGAAAGAAUAGAAGAGAAAACAAGUGUCGUCUGUAAGUUGGAGCGUGUGAAACGAGUAGCGUACUUGGCGUACUGUAGGAAAUUCGCACGCAUCUCGACGUCGCGGAUGCCUUUUUCGAAGAAAGCCUCAUUCGAUGUUGAACUUGAAAGUUUUAACACUUGUUAAUUAGCUGAUUCAUCGCGGUCUAGCAAUGAAACGAAUGGGUGUACUUGUUGCGUCACGAUGAAACGUUAAGUAAAUCGCCGUUAGAAUUAAAGAAACCACUGCGUAAAUACGUACGACGAUCGAAGGGUGGUCGAAGCUCGAAUCAAUUUCUCUCGUUUCGGUCGUUGCGAACAAACGAAACAACCGCGUGAAACCCGUCGCCGCCGUCGUCGUCGACUCUCGAAUCUAGACGCGAAUAAUUAUGUGCAUGUUUUACCGAACCGAGCGAAGCUAUAGAAGCCCACCUGUAUACACAAAAAUAUCCACGCGCGCGCGUACUAUAUAUAUUUUUAUGAACGUGAUGAGGUAACAACGCAUAGCUUGUAAUAUUGAUUCUGACGAACCCGUGGGCUCACCUUGCCCCUCGCGUUCCAAUUAAAACGGUUGAGCGGUUAUCACCUCUUUCGUCCCACCCCUUAUUCUUUUCUCUCUCACUCCUAUUUUUUCUAUUCCUCGUUCACCUUUUUCGUUUUAAGUUAAGGCGUAAUCAUCGUUUACAUACGAAAAUUGUGGUCAUUUUGUUUACGGCCUACGAAAGCGCAUAUUCGUAGUGCACUUUGCUUAAACAGUUUUAUUAUUUCAUUAUACAUGUACGAAAAACGAAGUUCGUUGCCCAAGUUAAAUGUACUUUUAAUCAAUCGAUUUUGAGUUAUAAACUGUUUCUCUUUCA